GGCGUGUCUGCCCCCCCCCCUCCCCGCCCCCCGUCUGGUGGGGGAGGGUGCCGUGACAGCCAGUGCGGGCCCUGAGGCGGCUCAGUCGGCAGUCCGGCUCAGGGGCAGACGGCGGGUCAGCGGUCGGGUCAUCGGAGGCCCCCCGGAGGUCCGACAAGCGGCAUGGAGCAGCCAACGCCAGCGGCGGUGCAUGGUGAGCCCUCCGGCAGCGUCUUGGAUGACUUCGGAAAGGCCGGACCCGGUGGGCGGCCAUGGAGGGAGAACCGACUUCAGGGACAGGACUUCUUUGAGAAAAUGGGCUGGGCGACCUCGGCCGACCAGCGUCGACGUAAGAAGGAGAUUGAACACUACCGAGAGGCCCUGAAGCAGAUCCUGGCAGAGAGGAAGCGGGCCGCGAGGGAGGAGAGACAGUUCAGACUGGACGAGUCGGGCAUCUCUGUGUACCCGCUGAUGAAGCAGCUGGCCACGGGUCGACCUCGUCGUCAGCCAGACACGGAGCUGCUGUACAACCCGCUGCCCCAUACGGACGUGACGCGACACAGGGAGGGACGCAUCACCUACCCGCCGCUGGAGCAGAGCCACUACCGCCGUCAGCUGGAGCUGCAGAUCCAGGAGAAACAGCAGGAGAAACAGCGGGCCCGCGAACAGUACUGGCAGGAGACAGUGCAGCAUCUGGAGAGUUUCUCGAAGUUCUGGGGCCGACCCGGAGGAGGGGCGCCCAUCUCUCAGCAGCACAAGAAGGCCAACAUCUCGCGCAUGCUAUUCCCCGAUGCUAUGCAGCCCCAGAAUGUGGCUUGAUGCGUACAGUGGACAACUAGUUACUGAUGGAUGUCGAUGCCAGUGAUUUUAUUUUACUAGAUGUUCCUUUGGAGUCGAUCAUCAUAAUUUGUAUUUUUUAACAAAAGUGCAGCUGUUACUUGUUUCAGUCACAUUAUUAUGUAAAGUGAUCUUUAAACAACUUUGAUUUAUUGCACGGUGCCGGUUGCAUACAGUCACGUACAGGGUGGGGCGGCAUAAUCGGGAAUGCUUUUU